AUGGACGUUGUGCAGAUAAAGACCGUGCUCGACGCUCGUCACCCCAACGUUGUGCGCGUGUUCCAGGACAGCGUGCCAGAGGUGUGGCUGCGGCAGCUCGAUGAGUGCGUUCUCGAGUACCUGCUGAAGAUGCUCGAGGGGCAGAUGAACGCCGAGUCAUACCUGCCGGAGGAAACCAUCCGCCAGACGCUGAAGCUGUAUUUCACUGAGUUUGCCGUCUGCGCGGAUGAGCGUGCUGUAACGAAGGCGGUGGAGUCGAUCUGCAGUACGAUGGAGGCGUCUGGGUUGACACAGAAGCCGAAGGAGGACUCGAGCCGUCUCGUCAACGCUGUAAACAUUGGGCGGCAGUACGAGGAGAACCUGAAGAAGGCAACCAUGAUCAACAGCGUUGGAAAGGUGGUGGUUGUGAACACCAACGAGAGCUGGACGUGGGAGACAAAGCGGAGCGCCGCCAAGGAGACACGCAGAAAACGAAAGGAAGAGGAAAAGAAAUCCAUGCUGGCAGAGGAGUACGAGGAGUUCCUGCGCAAGCGCGGCAUUGCCAACGCUGCGACCAUCGUGAAGCUGCACCACAAGAACGAGGGUGGGCAAUUCAGCUGCGAUAUCCGCUGCGAGAACAUUCACAUCCAUAUGGGUAAGCAGGUCCUGCUCGACAACACGGAGUUUACAGUUCUCAGCGGCCACAAGUACGGGCUCAUUGGGCGGAAUGGUACAGGUAAGACGACGCUCCUGCGCGCCCUCUCGGAGCGGGAGCUGGAGGGUGUGAGCCCAUUCGUGCAAAUCCUGCACGUGGAGCAGGAGGUGGUUGCCGGCAGUGAGACACCGUUGCAGGUCAUCCUUGCAUCGGAUGUAGAGCGCGAGCAGCUGCUUCGUGAGGAGCAGGAACUCCUUAAGCGCAGCGACGACGAGGCGAGUUCACGGCUGAAAGAUGUGUACGAGAGACUCGACGCUAUUGAGGCGCACAGUGCGGAGGCCCGCGCCGCGUCUAUUUUGAACGGUCUGAGUUUCUCACGCGAAAUGAUGACGAGCCCCACAAAGAAUCUCUCUGGUGGGUGGCGCAUGCGUGUGGCGUUAGCGCGUGCGCUGUUUGUGGAACCUGACGUGCUGCUGCUUGAUGAGCCAACGAACCACCUUGACCUUUUUGCGGUUUUGUGGCUCGAGCAGUUCUUGAAGGACUGGCGUCGCACCCUCGUUGUGGUGUCUCACUCUCGCUCCUUCUUAAACAACGUGUGUCAAGAGAUUAUCCACCUGGACGAUAAAAAGUUGCAAUACUACACUGGAAACUACGAUCAGUUUGAGCUUACGCGCGUGGAGCAGUUGCGACAGCAGCAAAAGAACCACGAAGCACAGGAGCGGCAGCGCUCACACAUGCAGAAAUUUAUCGACCGGUUUCGUUAUAAUGCGAAUCGUGCGAAGAUGGCACAAUCGCGCAUUAAGAUGCUUGAACGCAUGGAGGUUGUGUCAGCUGUAAAGUACGACCCGCAAUUCUCAUUCAGCUUUCCUGAACCGGAGCCUGUGUCAGGCUCAUACCUACAGAUGGUGGACUGUGAAUUCGGCUACAAGCCCGGUCAGGCACUCUUUCGGGAUGUGAAUUUCGGACUUGAUGAGUCCUCCCGCCUUGGCCUAUUGGGCGCGAACGGUGCGGGGAAGUCGACGUUCAUGAACCUCUGUCUUGGAAAACUGGAACCGCGUCAGGGCCACGUUGUGCGCAACAAGAAGAUACGCAUUGCCCACUUUGCGCAGCAUCACUUGGAGGCCCUCACACCGCAGCUCUCUUCCAUCGAAUUCCUCCGUUCGAAGUUUCCACACGUGGAGGACCAGCAGCUGCGCGCCCAUCUCGGUUCCCUUGGCCUCACUGGCGAAAAGGCGCUGCAGCCUAUUUACACACUCUCCGGUGGACAGAAGUCACGUGCGGUGCUGGCGUGGAUUACCUUCACUCGACCCCACCUGCUGCUACUGGACGAACCGACCAACCAUUUAGACAUCGACGCCCUCGACGCUCUUAUCGAGGCGCUUCUGGAGUAUAAGGGUGGCCUGCUUGUAAUCUCUCACGAUGAACACUUUAUUACAUCUGUUUGCGACGAGAUGUACGUGUGUGCCAAUGAGAGUAUCAAGCGUUUCGAUGGAGACUUCGGCGAAUACCGCGAGAUUGUUCUCAAGCAGCUGCGCUAA